AUGUCAAAACUAGAAUUGUAUAAAAGAUAUUUGAGAACUUUAAAUAACUUUUGACAUACAGUAAAUAUCCACAAGCUACUUUAUCUCACAGAAGCAGAUUGAAGGAAUAUACACAGAAACUCCGAUUUCAGAAAGUUAUAGGUUCGAGUAAUCUUCAAGAAAGAUGUGCAAACCAAAAUAUAAAAGCAAAGUUCAAGAAUGCUUUAUUCAUUACUUCAAAUGCAAGUCUUCCUUACUCUUCUGUUGAGAAGGAAGCACAAAGAAGUCUUGAGAGAGACUGAAUUAACCAAAAGUGGAAAAAGUUAAAAUCGAAUGACCCUUUUCAUAAAAUCAGAAAACAAGAUCUAUAUGAAAGAUUGACUAACCCUAAAAGGGAUUUCUCGUUCCAUAAAUAAAGAUACCUCUUCAAUUUUACUUGAAAAGUAUCAAGAUAAGAAGAAGGAGAUGAGUAAUAGAAGACACAAAGAAAGAGUGUCAAAGGAGCUCCAUCAGAAGAUCUUUGCCCCGAAUAAUCAGAGAGAGAAAACUUCCACAAAGCCAUCAUAUCAAAAACAAGGAGUUCAUAAAUAAUUUCAAAAUAUUUGCUAAGAAGAAAGCUAAUGAGAAGAACCUAAAAAGUUAUGACCACACUAAGCUGUAUAAGAGACUUACUAAUCAAACCAGGAACUAUGACGUAAAGACAACAAUGUUGCAGAGUCUUAAUAAUGACACUACCAAAGGCUCAACUAAAGUUAUCAUCAAAUAAAUUUGGUGAUUCUAGAAGGCAGUCUUUUAGGAAGCCUUUAACCGGAACAAGAAAAUUAGAUACCCACAACUAUUCUAUUAUUUGCUCUAUAUAUCACAAAAACUCAACCGAAAGAUUAAAAGAAUCAAGAGCCAAGCAAAUUUUUGAAAGAAUUAGUUCUAUUGCACCAAAAACUUCAAUUAAAGGCUUAGCAAAAAGUUCAUUCAGUCAUUUUAUUGAGGAGGGCUCAAGUCUACCUGCUCCAAGUAUUUUGAAAUAUUCAAGAAAUAAUGCAAAAGAUAUAAGGCCUCCUAAAGAGAAGAAUCAAAGGUAUAAUAGUACGGGGAGAAAUGAAUGUGCAAAUCCGCUUACUAAGCUCUUGAUUCAGUAUGAUCUAUCAUCUUCAAGAAUUGAAAAAUCCCAAAGGCUUUCAAGUAACAGUAUAAUAAGAGGAAGUGAGCACAAAUACAUCCCUUCUUCCAAAAGGUUGGAGUCUAGGAAAUCUGUGUCUACCAACAGGUCCCAUCUUCUUUGAGAAUUUUCUUUGAACAGGAGCAGGUAUUAACUCGUAUGAAACAAUUUAUGAAUUCAAUUA